CCUUCUCAGACCCAAAACCAUCCAUUUCACGUAAACACUGUAACUAUCUACCUGAUCUCAUUCGCUCUUCUACCAUGGCUGCCUCUACAAUGGCUCUCUCUUCUCCCUCAUUCGCCGGCAAGGCCGUGAAGCUUGCUCCGUCCGCCUCCGAGAAGCUACUCGGUGAAGGCAGAGUCACCAUGAGAAAGACUGUGGCUAAGCCCAAGCCGGUUUCAUCCGGUAGCCCAUGGUAUGGACCAGACAGAGUCAAGUACCUGGGACCAUUCUCCGGUGAGCCUCCCUCCUACCUCACUGGUGAAUUCCCUGGUGACUAUGGCUGGGACACUGCUGGGCUGUCUGCUGACCCUGAGACCUUCGCCAAGAACCGUGAGCUCGAGGUCAUCCACUGCAGAUGGGCCAUGCUUGGAGCUCUUGGGUGUGUCUUCCCUGAGCUGCUCGCUCGGAAUGGUGUUAAGUUCGGCGAGGCCGUGUGGUUCAAGGCUGGUGCACAGAUCUUCAGCGAGGGUGGAUUGGACUACUUGGGCAAUCCAAGCUUGAUUCACGCCCAGAGCAUUCUAGCCAUCUGGGCUACCCAAGUUAUCUUGAUGGGUGCCGUCGAGGGCUACCGUGUCGCCGGCGGGCCUCUUGGUGAGGUGACAGACCCACUCUACCCCGGCGGCAGCUUUGACCCACUUGGACUAGCUGAUGACCCUGAGAAAUUCGCUGAGCUUAAGGUGAAGGAGAUCAAGAACGGCAGACUGGCCAUGUUCUCUAUGUUUGGCUUCUUUGUUCAGGCCAUUGUGACCGGCAAGGGACCAUUGGAGAACCUCGCCGACCACCUUGCCGACCCUGUCAACAACAACGCUUGGGCUUACGCCACCAACUUUGUUCCGGGCAAGUGAUCAGCAAAAGAGAAAGCACAAUUAAUAAUAUUUCUUCUUUACUGCUCAGAGAAACCAUGUGUGCAUUUGAUUUUUGUGUUGACAUGCAGUUUGAUGGAGCCAAAUCGUAAACAGUCUUAUUUGUAUGUUCAGUUAUAUGUUUCUGAUGAAAUGAGAUUUGAUUUGUAUUGAGUUCUUUCAAUUCAGAGCUCCUAGAUUAGCAAGCCACCUUCAUGAAACUGCAUUCAUCCAUCACAGGUCUGGAAUGGGCCAGUACAGUGUUGUGUUCAUUAGAUUCCAUAUGGAUGAAAAUCAGUUAGUGGGUGUAAGGACCUACAGGAUUUGUA